GCUAGACUCUUGUGGGUCGACGUGCUUUAUAUCGAUCAAACGUGUACGGAGGAUAAAAGCGUUCAAGCCCCGCGUAUGUGGGCGGUCUUUACCUUUUGUCAGAAGGCUCUGAUAUUUCUGGGCGAUGAAUCAGAUGCAACGACAACGGUGGGGCCGCGCAUGGAUUAUUCAGGAAUAUGUUGUUGCAACGAAUGUCCAGUUCCUAUGUGGUGCUUGCAUUUUACAAGGCGAUGA